CUAGCAGCUAGCUCUCGGUUAGCAUCGUCCCCCCCGGCAGAGAAGCUCCUCCACCGGGACUCUUCCUCCGGUAGAAACGCACCGACCGGCGCCUCCUCUUCCCGGUCUCUCCUCCCGGCUGCUCCCGGCUGUUCCCAGCUCUCAGCCCCCCCUCCCUCCCUCCGGUCCGGACACACUCCACCCGGUGAAACCUGCAACAUGUCGGCGGUGCAGCGGAUGAAGGUGGCGAAUGAGCGGCACAGCAAGACCAUCACACAGCGGGGACACGUGCAGAAAACAUCGCGGCCGGUAAACGAUGAAAAGUCUCCGGUCGGACCUUGGCUGCUCGCUCUGUUCGUCUUCGUCGUCUGUGGAUCAGCCAUCUUCCAGAUCAUCCAGAGCAUCAGACAGGGCAUGUGAUGACCUCUGACCCCCGGAGCUGAGCCUGUCACAUGAAGAGGGAGGGGGGGGGGG